AUGAGUUCUAUUGAUUAUGAAGUUUAUGCAAAGGAGCUUGAAAAUUGGUAUGAUAAUAAUGACUUUUAUGAAAUGAGAACAGCAACUGAACUCUGCAAUAUUUUUGAUUUUUGUAAUUUUUCAACAAGACAGUUUGUAUCGGCAUUUACAAUUAUCAGCAAGAAAUUUAAUAGCUCAGAAGUAAUUUCAAUAUCGCAGCAUGCUAAAAUAGGAAAAUUUGAAAAUGAAGAAGUGGCAUUUAAUGUUUUAGAAUUCCUUUCAAAACUCAUUCAUAAUAGUGCAAUAAAUGAUGCAGUAUCAUAUAUUAAAAAUCAAAAGGCACAUAAUGGUAAAAAUAUAAAGUUUUUAUUUCAACAAUAUUUAUACAAUCCAUAUAGAAAAAAUGAUGUUGUCAUGGGAAAUUAUCAAGUAUUGUCAAAAGCAUGUGAAGAAGGAGAUAUCGAUACAAUUAAAUUUGCAAUAUCCAAGGGACUAACGUAUAGUAUUUCUGAAUAUGCUCUUAUAAAUGAUGACUUUAAACUGAUUAAACAUUUUAAUUUGCUAUCAAAUAUUUGCGCACGCAACAGUGUUGAAGCAAUUAAGUAUAUUUAUUCCAAAUCAAACGACUUUGAAACUGAAUAUGAAGGAAAAACAAUUCUUCAUUAUGCAGCAUUAAAUAAAGAUGUUGAAGUUAUAAAAUAUCUUUAUUCACUUAAUAAAGUUAGCAUCAAUUCAGUUGAUAAAUUUCAAACAACUGUUCUUCAUUAUGCUGCCCUAAAUGACAAUGUUGAAGUCGUCAAAUAUCUUUGUUCUAUUCCCGAUAUUGAUAUUAAUGCAAAAGAUUGCUAUGAUAAGUCCCCACUUCACUAUGCAGUUCUUAUUAAGAACAUUGAUGCCGUCAAAUAUCUUUGUUCUCUUUCAGGUAUUGAUAUUAAUGCUAAGGACAAAUGUGGAAAGUCGGCUCCCAUUUAUGCAGCAGAAAAUGAUAAUAUUGAACUUUUAAACAUCUUAAUACAGCUUUAG